CAGACACACACCCACCAAGCACCCACCACCCUCCGCCCCCGCCGAGCGCCGCCACCUCUCCGCCGGCAGCCCGAGCGAGCGGCAACUCUCCGGCCCGCACGGCUCGCCUUCCCGGCUCCUUCCGCGCGGCGAGCUCAGCCCCACUCGAUUUUUCCUUUUCUAUCCAGCCCUCUCCUGUCUGGGCGGCGGCGGCGGCGGCGGCGGCGGCAGGGUGAUGGGGGCCCGCGUGGGGAAGGGGGCGAAGAUCGAUGAAGAUUAUUGUUCUUUUUAAGGAUACCUUAGCUUCCUCCCGCCGCCUCUCCUUUGAGCUUUCCUGCUAGAGACCGUGAACAGAGUCAGGGAUGUGAGGAGAGGGGGGGAAAACGCCAGGAGCUCCAGCCAGCCGGGGAGACCCUCCUCUCCGUGGAGGGGAGGGGGAUUUUCCAGCGACAGAUCACUGGCGAAGGGGACCGUCGCAGGGAGAGGAGCCCCGGAGGGAGCGGGGAAUCCCACAACCCUCUGUGGCGCCCGAGCCCGUGCCGCCUGCUGAGCGGGGUCUGUGGGAGCUAGUUGUGUCGGUGGAAAUGCCUACCUCAGAGGGAGAUCACUUCAGCUGACCCUCCCACAGCUCAUUCUUUCGAGGAGCCUGGCUCUGCGGCUUUGUCCAGUUCAAAAUGGCAGAAAAGGUCCCCCCUGGCUUAAACAGGAAGACUUCAAGGUCGACACUCUCCCUUCCACCAGAACCUGUGGACAUCAUUAGGAGCAAGACGUGCUCGCGGAGGGUUAAAAUCAACGUGGGGGGCCUCAACCACGAAGUCCUGUGGAGAACGUUGGACCGGCUGCCCCGGACACGCUUGGGGAAGCUCCGGGACUGCAACACGCACGAGAGCCUCCUGGAGGUGUGUGACGACUACAACCUCAGCGACAACGAGUAUUUCUUUGACCGGCACCCGGGGGCCUUCACUUCCAUUUUAAAUUUCUACCGGACGGGGAAACUCCAUAUGAUGGAAGAAAUGUGCGCUCUCUCUUUUGGGCAAGAGCUUGAUUACUGGGGGAUUGACGAGAUCUACCUGGAAUCCUGCUGCCAAGCCAGGUAUCAUCAGAAGAAGGAGCAGAUGAACGAAGAACUGAGGCGGGAGGCCGAGACGAUGCGUGAGCGGGAGGGAGAAGAGUUCGAUAACACCUGCUGCCCGGAGAAACGGAAGAAGCUCUGGGACUUGCUGGAGAAACCUAACUCGUCAGUGGCUGCAAAGAUCUUGGCCAUUGUGUCAAUCCUGUUCAUUGUACUCUCCACCAUCGCUCUGUCUCUCAACACUCUACCAGAGCUGCAGGCAAUGGAUGAAUUCGGACAACCCAACGACAACCCCCAAUUAGCACAUGUGGAGGCUGUGUGCAUCGCUUGGUUUACCAUGGAGUACCUUUUACGCUUCCUGUCCUCACCAAAUAAGUGGAAGUUCUUUAAAGGCCCACUAAAUGUCAUUGAUUUGCUGGCCAUCUUGCCAUAUUAUGUCACCAUCUUCCUCACGGAGUCCAACAAGAGCGUGCUGCAGUUCCAGAACGUGAGGCGUGUGGUUCAGAUCUUCCGGAUCAUGCGCAUCCUCAGGAUCCUGAAACUCGCCAGACAUUCCACAGGCCUGCAGUCCCUGGGGUUCACCCUCAGACGGAGUUACAACGAAUUGGGCUUACUGAUCUUAUUUCUGGCCAUGGGGAUAAUGAUAUUUUCCAGCCUGGUAUUUUUUGCUGAGAAGGAUGAAGAUGCCACCAAGUUCACCAGUAUCCCAGCAUCGUUCUGGUGGGCCACCAUCACCAUGACCACUGUGGGCUAUGGUGACAUUUACCCGAAGACAUUAUUAGGGAAAAUCGUGGGAGGCCUCUGCUGCAUUGCCGGGGUCCUGGUUAUUGCCCUUCCCAUCCCAAUCAUCGUGAAUAAUUUCUCUGAGUUUUACAAGGAGCAGAAACGCCAGGAGAAGGCAAUUAAAAGGAGAGAGGCCCUUGAGCGGGCCAAGAGGAAUGGAAGCAUUGUUUCUAUGAACUUAAAAGAUGCCUUUGCCCGGAGCAUGGAACUGAUAGAUGUGGCCGUGGAGAAGGCAGGAGAGUCAGCCAGUACCAAGGACUCGGCUGAUGAUAAUCACCUGUCCCCGAGCCGGUGGAAGUGGGCCAGGAAAGCUCUGUCGGAAACAAGCUCCAACAAAUCUUUCGAGAAUAAGUACCAGGAGGUUAGCCAGAAAGACUCCCACGAGCAGCUGAACAACACUUCUUCCUCCAGCCCGCAGCACCUGAGCGCGCAGAAACUGGAGAUGCUGUACAACGAGAUCACCAAGACACAGCCUCCCGCUCAGCCGCACCCGGCCUGCCAGGAGCCACCGGAGAGGCCCUCGGUGUACGAGGAGGAGAUAGAAAUGGAAGAAGUGGUCUGCCCACAGGAGCAGCUGGCUGUGGCGCAGACCGAGGGCGUGGUGGACAUGAAGAGCACGUCCAGCAUAGACAGCUUCACCAGCUGCGCCACCGACUUCACGGAGACCGAGCGGUCGCCCCUGCCGCCGCUGUCCGCCUCCCACCUGCAGAUGAAGUUCCCGCCUGACCCCACGGCAACUGAAGAGCGCCAAAGAGCCAGGGGGCCCCCGUUUCUAACACUAAGCAGAGAGAAGGGGCCCGGGGCUAGGGAUGCCAUCCUGGAAUACGCUCCGGUCGACGGAACUGUGAGCCUCGAUAACAGCGCUUACCAAAGUGGGCUCCACGGCCCUUUGCCGUCGGACGGUACCUCCGAGAGCCCUAAGAGUUCGCUGAAAGGCAGCAACCCCCUAAAAUCCAGGUCGCUCAAAGUGAACUUUAAGGAAAACAGAGGCAGUGCCCCACAGACCCCGCCCAGCACAGCCAGGCCACUGCCGGUCACGACGGCGGACUUUUCCCUCGCCACCCCUCAGCUCAUCAGCACCAUCCUCCUCGAGGAAACCCCCUCCCAGGGAGACAGAGCCUUGCUGGGCGCCGAGGUUCCCGCACACUGUCAGGGACCUUCCAAAGGGCUGACGCCUAGGUUUCCCAAGCAGAAACUCUUUCCUUUCUCGACAAGAGAGAGGAGGAGCUUCACGGAAAUAGACACUGGCGACGACGAUGACUUCUUAGAGCUGCAGGGGCCCAGGCAGGACAAGCAGGCCGACUCCAGCCCAAACUGCUUUGCAGAUAAGCCUAGUGAUGGAAGAGACCCUUUGAGAGAGGAGGCCUGUGUGGGCUCUUCCUCCCCGCAGGACCCAAGUCACAACUGUAGGCAAGACAUUUACCAUGCUGUGGCGGAAGUAAAAAAGGACAAUAGUCAAGAAGGGUGCAAGAUGGAAAACCACUUGUUUGCCCCAGAAAUUCAUUCCAACCCAGGAGACACAGGUUAUUGUCCCACACGUGAAACCAGCAUGUGACUAGUUACAAAAGCAAUAAUAAUAAUAAUAAUAAUAAAAACUUGUUUCUUUAAAAUGCGGUAAUAAUGCCUGUGAACUAAAAACAUGGGAAGCCCCCCCCACAAAAAAAGUGCAUAAAAUGUUAUUUUUGCAUGGCAUGAACAGUUUAGUUUAAGUACUGUUUAAAUAAAGAGUCAAGACUUCAUUUUGUAACAAACAAAAAUGACUGAGGAACAGUGAACAAAUAAAGAGAGCUCUAUUA